AUGCAACAAGACACAGAAGCUGGGCUCUUCGUAGAGCACGCAGCAGUGCAUGGCAACCUUUACGGAACUUCCAUGGCAGCUGUGCAGGCUGUGACAAGGCAAGGAAAGGUUUGUCUGCUUGACAUCGACGUGCAGGGCGCGGAAUCCGUGCGCCGAUCAGCGCUGGCAAGUACAUGCUCCUUCGUGUUCUUUGCCCCUCCAACUGCAGCAGUUCUGGAACAACGACUGCGCGGCAGAGGGACUGAGACUGAAGAGAAGAUCCAGAAGCGGCUGGGGAAUUCUUUGAAGGAGCUGGCAAUCUAUGAAGCGAAGCCCGAUGCAUGGGACCUAACCCUGCAGUGGUACAACGAGCAGGUGGAGGAUGCAUACAAGGAAUUUCGGAGUUUCCUUGUGGACCAAAUUCAUUCCAACCCAAAACUUGUUAAACAGAUUGCUACAGUACGCCGGGCUCCUGCAUUCAAGGGCGGCGCAUGUGUCAUCACAGGUCCAAGCGGUGUUGGCAAGUCCACGCUGAUCAAGAAGCUAAUGGCAGAGUUCCCAGAUCACUUUGGCUUUUCCGUGUCGCACACCACGCGCGAACCUCGUCCGGGCGAGCAGGCCGGAAUCGACUAUCACUUCGUUUCCCGAGAGCAGAUGCAACANNGUAGAGCACGCAGAAGUGCAUGGCAACCUUUACGGAACUUCCAUGGCAGCUGUGCAGGCUGUGACAAGGCAAGGAAAGGUUUGUCUGCUUGA